AUGACUGUUACUCAGACGAUCACUGCAGAACUCGAUGCAUUUAACGAGUACGUUAACUUUGCAAAGAAAUAUUCACUGUUCUAUCCAGAACUGUAUAAAACGGUGUCAACAAGCGAUGGCGAUUUAAAUAUUCCAGUCACUGAUCACGCGAAAUACUGGGUUGGAAAUGAAUAUCUCAAUAGUAAAGUAAUGACAGGAACUCACAUCGAUGGUAUUGUUCUUCGGACAGGAGGCACUACAAGUAGGCCAAAGUUCACGGCUAUCUCCCAAAUUGAGCUUCAAAGGUCGGUCGAUAUUCCCGGAGAUCGGUUUGGCAAACUCUUUUACGCUGGCGAUUGCUAUGGCUCGCUCCUUUAUCAAAUACUCAGCAUCAUGGCACUUCCGAUACCUGUAAUCCAAGUAUCAAUAGGUGGUUCCUUAGCACCGGAAUCCAUGGAACAUUUGAUCAAGGAAUGCAAUGUCAAUGCCCUUGGAUCGACGCCGACUGCCUUGGUAUACUUGGCAAAUUGGUGUCUCUCUGCAGAAAAGACUUGCCCGGAAAUCCGUCUGGUUUUGUUUGCUGGGGAACCGUUAUUUUCAGACCAGAAGUCUUUGCUACAAUCUGUCUUUCGAAACGCAAAGUUUACAAGCUUCCGCUACGCAAGUACCGACUCUGGUAUUGUAGGAAAACUAGUGGAUCUUACAGAUCCCCGAGUUUACCAAGUUUCUCCUGGAAUCAUUGCAGAGGUAUACAUAGACAUUGAAAGAGGGGAGUUUUGUCAAGAGAACGGAGUAGAAGGAAGUUUGGUUAUCACGAACCUUCUUCGAAGGCUUAUGCCAGUAGUUCGUUAUCCAACGGGUGAUAGGGUCGAAUGGGUUGGCUACAAGGCUGGGAUAUUUCGUCUUCUUGCGCGAGAUAGUCAUUCUUUACGUCUUGGACCCGUUUCAAUUGAUGUGCAAGACAUACGGAAGAUCGUGCCUGCGGUCCUCCCAGGCAUCAAGAUUGUAGCCUUACAGGCUGCGAUAUUACGUCAAGGUGCGAACGACUUACUUCAGUUCCGAAUAGACGCCGAACCCACCGAUGAAAAAGCUGCAGAGCUACUUAUCAGGGCACGCUUGUACGAGGAACGACCAAUGCUCGCAGAACAUGUACUUUUAGGGUAUAUUGCAGAGCCUGGAGUCCGCUUCAUGUCAAUCUCUGAGAUGAAAGUGAAUGAUGCAAUGGGGAAAUUGCCGCAAGGUGUAGAUCUUCGCGGGAGUAGCUGA